GCAGAAAACUACCCUUUCCCCCAUGGAUGUAAAAUCCCAUAUGAUAUAAAACUCCAGCUUCCAUCAUUUCUCGUUACAAAAUUUGGGGCGCACGCCCGACUCUGGUGUAGCAAACAAAAAAUAGCGUAAGACGACGCUCGCUCAGGUCCCAUUGUUUUCAUUUCCUGCUUCUGCUUUGGUUUUGGUGGGAAGAAUGAAGCUGGCCUCUUCAUAAACCCUACAAAUUCAAGAAGGAAAAUCAUCAGUCACCGAUUGAAUUGAGGGAGGGGGAGGAAAAGUUAGUUGUGAGUGAGUGGUCCACCGCCCGCCCACCAUGAUUGAGGCCGUGUUGGUGAUGAAUACACAGGGCAAACCUCGCCUUACCAAAUUCUACCAUCAUCAUAUGGUUAGACUGCAGAGAAGCAACAAGAGAUGAUACGGGAAAUAUACGGAGUAUUAUGCAGCAGAGCGGAGAACGUUAGUAACUUCAUCGAGGCUGAUGCAAUUUUCGGUCCAAAUACCAGACUGGUGUACAAGCAUUAUGCAACUCUGUAUUUUGUUUUUGUCUUCGACACUACCGAAAAUGAGCUCGCCAUGCUAGAUCUUAUACAAGUAUUUGUGGAGACACUGGACAAAUGUUUCAAAAAUGUCUGCGAGCUUGACGUAGUGUUCAAUUUUGGCAAGAUACAUACAAUUUUGGAUGAGAUUAUAUUUGGAGGUCAAGUUUUGGAGACCAAUUGUAUAGAAGUAAUGAAAUCAGUGGACGAGAUUAUGAAAUUGGAAAGAUCUUCCAACACAAUUCUACUUGCACCUAUAGUGACUUCAGGCAGGAACAGCAGAUAGCAAUUCAUUGCUGAAAGGAAAGCUUACUCUUGGAUACCGUUUGCCAUCUUGUUCUUCUACUUUGGGAGUCAACACCCCAUUAAAUAUGUUUCUCAGAUAGAUUUAUCUGCAAAUGAUCCUGUUUUGUCACAUUAAUGGGGUUGUUGUCGUUUUGAACUACAUGGAAAAAUCAAGGAUCUUUUGGUG